UUUCCAUAGAAGUCAUUUUGACGCGAAAACGCACUUCGAAAAAGAAGAAAAAAAUCUGUCGGUAUGGUUUUGUCGCAUCAUCUUCAUCCUCGAGUCUCGAUCGCCGCAUGGCCAGCUUACAAUCAUCGCCGGAAAAGCCUCCAGGAUGUUCUUUUGAGCAUGAGAUUUGGAUUAACGCGAGAUCUCUCUCUAAAGCGGUCCUUGGGCAACUACUAUUCCGCAUCUAGACAACAACAGCUCACGUCGCCGAUCUCCAUGGCGACCAAGAGCGAGAACCUCGUGGAAACUUCGACGGAGGAGAAAGGUAACACAGAGGAGGUUUCGCUCCCGCUCCCUCCGCCGCCAGAGAAACCAGAGCCUGGAGAUUGUUGUGGUAGCGGCUGCGUCAGAUGCGUUUGGGAUGUGUAUUACGAGGAGCUUGAAGAAUACAACAAGCUUUCUAAAUCCAGUUAGAACAAUUUGCUUUCUUUUCGUCAUUGUUGGAAAAAUAAUUAAACAAUUGAUUGUUUUUUGUGAAUGUUCAUUCUUUGAGAAAUCGAGGAUGCUCUGUUUAUGUUUGAACAUGGAUCAUUAUAUGUAUAUAACAAAUAGUUGAUGCU